AUGCCAGACCGCAGUGAUAGAGAAUGUAAAGUUUGGCAUUUUCAAGAAGAUGAUGAUAUUGAUCUAAAAAUUCGUCAUGAAGUAAUGAAAGUAGGAUGUAGAUAUUAUACAGUCAAGGUAUUGAUAGAUACAUCAUCUAGAGUAAAUUUUAUUAGAAGAAGCUUAGUCGAUAAGCUCGAAAUGAAGUAUAUUAAAUAUAAAGAAAAAAACAGGUUGGAAUGUCUGGAUUUAUCUUUCCAAUAUGAAGGAAAAGAUAGACUAGUAUCUACUAAUGGUGAUGAUGUUUUUAAUGAUUUUGAGAUUACUGAAAAGUCAAAAGCGGACCUUGUAUUAGGAUUACCAUGCUUUUGUAAAAUUACCGAUAUAACUAUCAAAGAGAUUAUUAGUUUGUGUCUUAAUUUAAAGUAUCUCAAAUUGGAAGGGUGUGAUAAUGUUAGCAAAGAAGCUGUAGAUCAGCUCAUUUCACUUAAUCCAAAUAUUCAUAUUGAGAAUUGCAUGUGUACUAUAACACCAGCCUCUUUUGGUGCAUAUUCCAGGAUGUAUGAACUGUCAAGGAGACUGGGAAUGUCAGUUGAUGCAUCAAGAGAUAUUAUGUCUAUACAUGAUUAUGUUAACAAUGAACUAAUAAGGAGAAUGGAUAUUAUUAGAGCAAGCGUUAGUGUUCUGCAAAUGAUCUGA